AUGGGUCAGCUUUCUUCAGAGAAAGUCUGCAGCUACAAUGAUGUUAUUCAGUAUCUGAAUUUGUCCAAGGACAACAAUCUGUUCACUCUGACCCGUCCAGUGAAGGACUGGAGAGACCCUACAGAGGUUUAUAUUGAGGUCUUCCUCUAUGCUAUCUUAGCAGUGAGCUGGGAGAAUGAAUUUAUUUCCUGGGAUCCUAGCCAGUUUUGUGGCAUUUCCAAUAUUUCAAUUCCCAGAGAGCUGAUGUGGGAGCCUGAUGUGUUUAUAUUUGAGGCCACUGAUGAGGACAAGUCUCAGCGGAGCCCAUAUUUGUAUAUCUUGAACGACGGCACAGUGUUUGUUGAAGACGAUGUCCGUGCGGUUACCAGUUGCAGGAUGAAUGUGUACCAGUUUCCCUUUGACACACAGACGUGCAACCUCACUUUUGGAGCUAUGAUACAUCAAGUGGAUACAGUGCGACUGAUUCCCUUCUCUAAUUCCUCAAGAGCCACAGAGCUCUCCCAGCAGGUGCUACACAGCCAGGGAGACUGGGAAUUUUUGGGCAUGCGUGUCCUGAAUUCAUCAUUUGGACUGGACAGGGGAAAAUGGGAUCAAAUAAUUUAUGAAAUAUCGAUGAAGAGGAGGCCCGAGCUUUAUGUCAUCAAUUUUCUGCUGCCGAUUUUUUUUUUCCUGUUGCUGGACAUCUUCUCCUUUUUCAUCUCGGAAACGAAAGGGGAGAAACUGGGCUUCAAGGUGACGAUCAUCCUGGGGAUCUCUGUUCUGCUGUUGAUACUAAACGAGAUCCUUCCUUCAUCGUCCAGAAAACCGCCGUUGAUUGCCAAUUUCUGCAUUGCCAUCUUUGCCUUCAUGUUGCUGAGUCUUCUGGAGACCAUUCUCAUCACAUACCUGAUGGAGAAAGACUCUGCCUCCCCUGCAGAGAGAGGGCUGAAGGGAUGCGAAAUGCUCUCCUCAGAGCCCAGCAGGAAGGCAGAGACAGAGGGAUACCAAGAGCACAUAUAG